CUCCUCUACUCCCCCCCGACCCCCCUGCAUAAAGUACCUCUACUUAGGCAACCUGGUUUUUACACUUAGCCUUCUCUCUGCAGCCCAUACCUUGGGUUCUCAGUACAAAUUUAGCUCGGUCUUAUACCCAGGCCGCUCUCUACAUGCAAACCAGCGGUGCAUUGAGCCUUCUGCCUUAUUUAGAGCAUUUUGAACCAUGGAAAAACAAACCAAGCUAGAAGUACGCGUCACUACAGAGCUUAGAGUCACAGCUGAGAAAGUUUCUUUGGGAACUCAGAUUUCUGCGCGUAAACCAAAAGUCGAAGUGUACAUUACGAGCAACACUCCGGCCUUUAAGACCAGAAAAAGCUCAAUCUCCAAGCUGUUGCGCGACAUCCUGGUCGUCAUCCAGGCUUGGUUUCUAAAUCAAGGGGCUUAUGCAGGUCUAAACUAGUAUUGGAUGAGGAGAAACAGGGCUUGCUUCAAGGCUGAUAAGAUUGGCAUAUGUAUUUCUUUUGUCACUAUUAUGUACAUACCCCUUGGGUCUGGGCUUGAGAGUCGAUG